AUCAAUACGUCAAAGUCAAGUCAAAUAAUCGAAUCAUCGAUUAUUGUUAUCUUAUCAACAAUUUUUUGUAUUACAGAUUUGAAACACCAGAAAAGCAAUGAUUUGUCUUACAUUUUGAAGUGAAAAUUAAAUUUGGUUUAAGAUGAGUUCGCAAAACCCAAUAAUUAAGAAUGUCGUGCAUGCUGGGCAAAAGUAUAUUUCUAUCGCUGACGGCAGUAAGGCGCAUUUUCAUUUUCAAACUUGGAAAUUAGGUAAAGAAAGGAUAUUGAUUGACGAUAGUAAGAAGAUUGGCCAAAAGGAACCUAUGGUUUUAGUCAUAGGCCAUAAGUUCAAACUAGAAGUAUGGGAAACAAUAGUAAAAUUAAUGGCUGUUGGUGAAGUUGCUAGUUUUCGUGUUAAGAAGGAGCUAGUGUACAGCUACCCAUUUGUAUCAAAAACAUUGCGGGACCUGGGCCAGGAACAGCAACAAAUAAAACAUACAUGCACAAUGACAUUGCACACAGAAGGCAUUGGAUAUUCAGACCUCGAUGAUUUGAUAAGGAAUCCUUGUGAUUUGGAAUUUAUCAUAGAGUUACUUAAAGUUGAAAGAUCAGAUGAAUAUGAAAAAGAAGUAUGGCAACUUGACAUAAAAGAAAGGUUAGAAUUAAUACCUACAUUAAAAGAGAAAGGCAAUAAGCUAUAUGGGGAAAAGAAAUUUGCUGAAGCAGAAGAUGCAUAUAGUCAAGCGAUAGCAAUCUGUGAACAACUUAUGUUAAGGGAGAGAAAGACUGACGAUGAAUGGAUAACAUUAAAUAAAAUAAAACUGCCAAUUCUACUUAAUUAUGCUCAGGUUAAACUAGUCCAAGAAGAUUUUUAUGCUGUUAUUGAACAUUGUAAUACUAUUUUAGAAUAUGAUAAAGAUAACGAAAAAGCUUUAUACAGACGUGCCAAAGCUCAUGUUGGAGCAUGGAAUCCAAAUCUAGCUGAGGAAGAUUUUAAACGCUUAAAAGCUAUCAACCCUACUAUUGGUACAAUUGUGGACAAAGAAUUAGAAUUUGUAAAGAAAUUACGGAAAGAAAAAGCAGAAUUGGAUAAAGAUGCAUUAAAAAAUUUAUUUUUAAAAGAGAAUGAAGGAAUAUAACAUUUAAUAUCCAUUAGUUUAUAUUUAGGUUCAAAAACUGAUGAACUGUACAUACUUCUAUAUGUAAUAUAUAAACACUCUUAUAUUCCAAAUAUCCAAACACACCAUUCUUAAAAAUGGAUUUAGUUUUAAAGAAAGAACUUCCUCAGAAAUGAUAGGUUGUGAUUCAAUCACUCUCAUCCCAUUCAUUCCUUCAUUCAUAGAGAUGGUGGUUAUGAAAAUUGUACUUAUUUAUCGUUAAUUAGUGAUUACUGCGAAAUUAUAAAUUCAUAUUCAUUUUGGUGUCAGGCGAAAAAUUUGUUUACUAUUUCAAGUGCUAUUAACAGUAAAACACUUACUAAUAUUAACCACAAGAAAUAUGAAGAUUGUAGGCGAACUAAACUUCCUUCCAGAAUUAUAAUUUUAUGUUAAGAGUUGUUUUAUGUGGAAAUUGUUUCGUUUACCUUGUUUUAUUGUAAUAAAUAAAUGGCUACUAACUCAA